CUUUUCCUUAAAUACCACUAUUUUGUUAAGGUAUAUAUUAACGAUAUUAUUAUCUUUAGCAAAAUAGAGGAAGAAUACCUUAAAUACCUAUAUACUAUUUACGAAAUCCUUAAUAAGGCCUAUAUCUAUAUUAGCGUAGCCAAAUCCUUUAUAGGUUACCUAGCCGUAAGACUCCUUAGGUAUAUCGUAAAUGGCAAAGGUAUUACUAAAACCGACGACCGUAUUGCUACCUUUAAGAAGCUAAAGUUUCUAGAUACUCUCGAUAACUUAGAGCACUACCUUAGAAUAGCCGGAUAG